AUGACCGCUCCGUUCUGCCCGGGGCACCAACAACCCGCGCGCUACCUCACCGUCAAGAAGAACGGACCCAACUAUGGCACGAGCCCGUCCUCCUCGCAGGGCAAGGAAAGCCCUGCCAAACCGCCCAGCAUCGGGUCCUACUUCACUGCACGGGCGCUCUUUCCUUCGCACGGCGAUAGCGGUCUCAGUACCACGGGUGCCCAGCCGCAAGCAUCGCACAUGCAGGAGGAAACGGAGUGGACAGACGCGCAGUACGACGAGCCGGCGGGUGAGAAGGAGGCGGCUGCGCCGACGACGUCGUCCUUCUUCUCCACUCCGGUGACGCCCAUUCGUUUGCCCAAGCGUGGCAGAGACAUUAGCGCAGUGGUGGCUGCCCUGUCGUCGCCCAAGAAGCCCAGCAGCGCACCUUCACCGUCGCCCGUCGCCACGUCCUCUUCCACGUCAUCGACACCAUCGCGCAGCACUCAAACGUCUCAGACGUUCCUCUCCACGCCCGACGCCUUUGCGCUCUCGUUUGAGGAUGACGACAUUGAAGAGCCCGAGGACAACCACAGCACGCCGCCCGGCGGGAUGCGCCAAGAGGUCACCGCAAACCGGAAAUCGACGCUUUCUACUCUCACGCCCGCAAGACCGGUCAGCGCUGCGCCCCGACCCUCGCAGCAAGCUCAACGUCCUGUGCCGCAGCAGUCCCUGUCGUCCACUCCGCAGCCUGUUGGCCAGGGCCAGUCCACGGUCACAACAGGACGAGGCGAAAUCGCCAGGGGAGAUCGGCACUACACCACCACGCCCACCAUGGCGUCGCCGCGCGCGGCAGCAGCAGACAACGGGCUCAAGAAGGGCACACUCGGCAGAGGGGUGCAGCUCGGCGCUCGCCCAAAACCCAAGCAACUCGACGACGAUGAGGCCAGCGGGGAAGAGGCGACCACGGGAGAGUUCGGGGACACGUGGUCGUGGCUCAGAAACGAACUCGACGCGGAGAGGCGCCCGCGCACCCAUCCCAACUACGACCCGUCCACGCUGUUCAUACCCAAGUCGGAAUUCGCUCGUCUCACGCCCGCCCAGCAGCAGUACUGGCUCAUCAAGUCCAAGAACUGGGACUCCCUUGUCUUCUUUCGCGUGGGCAAGUUUUUCGAGCUCUACAACAAGGAUGCCGACCUGGGCAACAAGCUAUUCGACCUCAAGCUCGUCAUCAAGCCCACCAGGGGCGGUUCCAACAUGCGGCAAUGUGGCGUCCCCGUGCCCAAUCUUCAAAUCUGGUUGGCCAAGCUCGUGGCGCUCGGGCACAAGGUGGUCAUUGUGGACGAGACCGAGACCAGCGUGGGUGCCAAGGUGCGGCAGAGGCAAGGCGACGGCAACUGGAAGAAAGCCGUAGCCAAGAGUCGAACAGACGGCCUGGUGGACCGACAAGUGAAGCAAGUGCUCACCGCCGGCACCAUUGUUGAUGAAGGCCUGAUGAACGACCACAGAGCCAACUACAUUCUCUCCAUCAAGGAAGACAUCAUUCCCGACCCGGAGAGCCGAACCGAGGAGGUGACCUACGGAAUCUGCUUUGUGGACUGCACCACUAGCGAGUUCAACCUGGGCCAGUUCGUGGAUGACAGCGAACGAAACCAGCUCGAGACUCUUCUUCUCCGAGUCAAACCGUCCGAGAUUCUCUAUGAAAAGACACUGCAGCUCAUCAAGCGCAGCGUCGUGUGUCCGUUGAUGUCGGCCCGCGAGCCGUUCCUGGGCGCCGAUGCUACAGUGGAGUACGUGCAGCAACACAACGUCUUCGUGGGGCAGAACGACGCCGACGAGCACCCGGCGGCUGACGACCUCAGCGCCUGGCCUCCGGUCCUUCUCGAGCACCACGAGGCCGGAGCCUCCCUGGCACUAUCGGCGCUCAGCGGCCUGCUGGUCUAUUUUCACGAACUCAAGUUGGACCACCUCGCUCUGGCCAGAAAGUUUAACCACUACACACCGGCGGGCAGCAACGAGCUGGACCAUCUGGUGCUCGACGGAAAGACGCUCACCAACCUGGAGAUAUUCGAGAACAACUUUGACAAGGGCGUCGCGGGCACGCUGCUCAAUGUGAUGGACCAUUGCGUUACGCCAUUCGGUAAGCGCUUGUUCAAACGGUGGAUCGCGAAGCCGCUCCGCCGGGUCGAGGAUAUCGAGGAUCGCUUGAACGCUGUGGAGGAUUUGAAUGAACGGCCAGAGCUGCGCGACGCCCUCUGGGAGCAGCUCAAGUCUCUGCCCGACCUCGAACGUGCCAUUUCGCGCAUACACGCUGGCAGAGCCACCACGCUGCAGUUCAUCAGUGUGCUUGAAGCAUUUUAUCAGAUUUGGGAAACGUGGAACAAUCACUUCAAGGAGGAGGUGUUCACCCAAUUCAAGAGCAAGCACCUGCAAUCUAUUGUAAUCAUUGGGAUUCCCGACUACUCUGAGGUCUUGGGCUACUUCUGCGACGCAUUCGACUGGCAGGUGGCCAAGGAGAGAAAGCAAAUCACUCCCAAUCCGGGAGUCGAUUUGGGCUACGACGAGGUGCGAGAUAACAUCGCCGAUCUCGAGCAACAGCUGGAGGAGUACUUGGACCAGCAGAGGAAGCGCUUUGGAGUGUCCAUGCACUACACCACGUCGGAGAAGAAGGACUACCUGAUCGAGGUGCCCGUUGGCGAGGCCGAGGGGGUGGAUUUCCCCAAGAACGAGUUUGUCGAGCGCAAGGGCACCAAGGCGGUGAUCCGCCUGCAGGCGACGCGCGUGGCCGGCCUGGUGCCGAAGAUCGAGGAGGCCAAGGACGCACUCGACAGCUACCUGGCCGGUGUGCUGACCCAGUACCUGGCCACCUUCGGCCAACACUUUGCAGUGUGGUCCGCCGCCGUGACCUGCGUUGCCGAGCUGGACUGUCUGCUGUCGUUGGCCAAGACCUCGGCCUUCGGUGGAGACCCCAUGUGCCGGCCGACGUUCGUGGUCGACGUGCCCGAGGGGACCACGCCUGUGCUCGAAGUCGAAGAGCUGCGACACCCCUGCAUCACCCCGCGCGUGGCGGACACCUUCAUCCCCAACGACAUCAGAAUCGGAGGCCCACAUGCGCCGGUCGUGCUGUUGACGGGUCCCAACAUGGGCGGCAAGUCGACGCUCCUGCGCCAGGCGUGCAUAAGCGUCAUCAUGGCGCAGAUGGGUUGCUACGUGCCUGCUUCGAUUUGCCGCCUCACGCCUGUAGAUAGGAUAUUCACGCGAAUCGGCGCCAAUGAUAACAUCAUGGCCGGACAAUCCACGUUCAUGGUGGAACUGCAAGAGACGGCCAACAUCCUAAAGAAUGCCACGGCGCACUCGUUGGUCAUCAUGGACGAGCUGGGCCGAGGCACCAGCACCUUCGACGGAUAUGGCAUCGCCUACGGCGUGCUGGACGACCUUUCGCGCCGGUUGAAGUGUCGUUCGCUGUUUUCCACCCACUACCACCUCCUCACGAAGGAGUUCGAGGGCAACCGAGAGAUCGCCCUCUUUCACAUGGGCUGCCUCGCCAACAAAGAAACGAACGUGGCUCGAGCUGCGGGUGUCAUGGAGUCGGUUGUUCGGCGAGCGGAGGCUAUCGCCACCCGCUUCGAGGAGAAUCCCUCCCUUGACAAUUUUGCCCUCAUCGUGGGUGAGGAUGAGGGUGACGAGAACGCCGACGACGAGGAGAAUGGCCCUUCGCUGGCGGGUCCGCUCCAACCGGAAGAGGUGGCAGCGCUGCGCGAGGUGCAGGGGACCGAACUCAAUUUCAUCGGCUUUGGCAAGCUCCUAGGCCUGUGGUCCGACCUGGCACACAACCAGGGAUGA